AGACCAACAGCAACCAAACCCCAAUAAGCUCUCGACCCAAAAAACCCAAGCCCCGCAACGGACGGAAGCUACUCGAACCGCCGCCGCAGCACCGCUCCACCAUCGAAUAUUCCCCCGCAGCCCUCUUCUUUUUCUCCAUCGUCCUCAACCCACUCCGAUCCCGAGCAACUUAUUGCGGUACAAAACCAGAAGACAAUGUCGGAACAAGAACCCACCCCCGCCGACCUCGCCGCGCGCGAAGCCGAGGAACACGCCCGCAAGGCCGCCGAACAGGCCGAGCAGGCCCAGCUCCCCUACAAAUGGACGCAGACCAUCCGCGACGUCGAGGUCACGAUCCCCGUGCCGGGCCACCUGCGCGGCCGCGAUCUGGAUGUCGUGCUCACCAAGACCAAGAUCAAGGUGGCGAUUCGGGGGCAGGAGGCUAUUAUUGAGGGCACCUUCCCCCACCCGAUCGUCGUGGACGAAAGCUCGUGGACGCUGGAGACGACCGCGCACCCGCCGGGCAAGGAGGUGGCCGUGCACCUGGACAAGGUCAACAAGGUGGAGUGGUGGCCGCAUGUGGUGACGGGGGCGCCCAAGAUCGACGUCAGCAAGAUCACGCCCGAGUCGUCCUCGCUGAGCGACCUGGACGGCGAGACGCGCGCCAUGGUCGAGAAGAUGAUGUACGAUCAGCGCCAGAAGGAGACCGGGGGCUUGACCAGCGAUGAGCAGAAGAAGAUGGAUAUUCUGAAGAAGUUCCAGGCCGAACAUCCCGAGAUGGAUUUCUCGAAUGCGCAGAUUGGUUGAGUUUGGGGUGAGGGGGGCGGAGUGAGGGUGAUGUGUAUGAAGUAAUGAAUGCAUGCGUUGGUGAUGUUUGAGUCUUGUGCGCUGUACGCUGUACUUCGUACUGUGGUUGCAUUGGAGUUUUAAGAAAUGAUGCAUAAGAAUGAUGGUGAUGGAUUGAAUACGAGGGUGCUUCUUCGGGACUAGCGUGUCAGCCUUACUGUGUGUCGAUGGCUUCCAUCUCGGGCUUGUCUUCCCCUCAUUGUUCCCUAUCCCCAUGUUGCAAGGUUUCUGAAUCGAACCAGCAGGUUGAUCAGGCUCAGCUAUUCUUAGUCAUAGUCAUGAUCAAUCACCAUGUCUCUCCCCGCAGGUCAGGGAAUCCUCCACCUCCAACUCCCCUCCUCCCAACCGGAACGCAUCUAUCAUGCCCGCCGCGCGCAUCGGAAAUCCCGCAAUGGAUGCUCCAAGUGUAAACAACGCCGAGUCAAGGUACACCAACCC